UCGUACUUUUUAUUUAAUUGUAACACUAAGUGCGCUGACUGCUUCUCAGUAAGUCUUUAGUCAGACUUUGUCGAGUUUUCAUUACGGAAUAAUGAAGGAAACAGAAAGUGAAGAGUUGUCCUCAGCGUCGCCUAGCUGCUGCCCCCCAGGGUCCCACAGUGCCGCUCCCCCUGCAGAGGCUCCGGGCUGCCAGGAGCUAGAGGAAAACAGAGACAUGGAGAUAAAGCAGGUUACCUUGCACAAGAGGUCUGGGCAGAAGGUAGGUGUUUUAACUGCUGAGGUGGUCUCCAGUUGUGUGUCCAACCUUGGGCGCUUUGGCUCUGGGCUGCAUCAUUUGUACCACCACCUGUCACUGCCUAGUCAAGAUCUCAGUAACGUCUCGGUUUUAUCCAAGUAUGUCCACCUUGAAAUGCUGGAACUGCCGCAUAACAAAAUUAAAGAUUUAUCCUGUGUGAGCCACAUGCCCUACCUCGUCACUCUGGAUGCUUCUCACAACGAAAUCUCCAGCUUCUUUGGAUUCCAGCCCCCCAUGAACCUAAAAGAGGUCAAUUUCUCCCACAACCGUAUAACAAAAAUGGAGGAUUUGUCAGCCUAUUCAUCUCUUUGUAAUCUUGAUCUGGAUUACAACAGUCUCAGUGAGAUCACUGGUCUUGAGCAAUGUUUCAAGCUCACCCGUCUCAGCGUGGCACACAACAAGAUCUCGAGGAUCAGCGGCCUGCACAGCCUGCCUCUCACACACCUCUGCCUGAGGGGAAACCAGCUGGAGAGGAUUGAAGGGUUGGAGAAUCUGAAGUGUCUGCAGUUUCUUGACUUGUCUCUGAACCGCAUCACCAGCCUGUCUGGGCUCCUCAAUCUCCACCUGCUGGGCUCCAUCAAUCUGGAGAAAAACAUGAUCAGUGAAAUUCAGGAGUGCAAGCACAUUCAUGAUAUUUUCCUGUUGAGGGACCUCAACCUAGUGGGAAACCCUGUACAGGAUCAGCCCGAUUACAGACUGGCAGUCAUCUUCCUCCUCCAACAUCUGACUGUGUUGGACCAAGAGAAAGUCACUGUUGAAGAAAAGGUGUCAUCAGUAAACCAGUUUGACCCUCCUUUGGAUGUGGUAGCAGCCCGGGAUCACAUGACCCACCUGGUGUAUCAGCUGAUGCAGCCUCAGGUGCUAUAUGACAGAUGCUGCAGCAGCAUGCGGCCGAUUUGGCUGAUCAUGCUCCUCAGAACCAAUCAUGCCAUCUAG